UAUUGAGCCCCGGCUGCAGGGCGAGGGAGGCUGCUGAAGACUGGGAGAACGGAGAACACCUUCACUGAGCAUCCGGCUAGCGAGCGGACAGGAGGGAUAGUGUUCGAUCUUUUUGCCUUCCCUCCCUCUCCACUUCCCCUUCCACCUCCUAUGAUGGAGGAGAUGGAAGAGGAGCUGAAAUGCCCGGUGUGCGGGGCUUUUUACCGGGAGCCCAUCAUUUUGCCCUGCUCACAUAACCUGUGCAUGGCUUGCGCUCGCAACAUCCUGGUGCAGACGCCUGAAGCCGAGUCUCCUCCAAGCCGCGCUUCAGGCUCCGACUACGACUACCUGGACCUGGAUAAGAUGAGCCUGUACAGCGAAGCGGACAGCGGCUAUGGCUCCUACGCCGGCUUCGCGAGCGCCCCGACCACCCCGUGUCAGCGGUCCCCGAAUGGGGUGAGGGUCUUCCCGCCGUCGCCCGCGGUGCCCCCCCGAAAUUCGUGCAUCACUUGCCCGCAGUGCCACCGCAGCUUGAUCCUGGACGAGAGGGGUCUCCGCGGCUUCCCCAAGAACCGAGUGCUGGAAGGGAUCAUCGAUCGCUACCAGCAGGGCCGAGCCGUGGCCCUCAAGUGCCAGCUCUGCGAGAAGGCGCCGAAGGAGGCCACGGUCAUGUGCGAGCAGUGCGACGUCUUUUACUGCGAAUCUUGCCGCUUGAGGUGCCAUCCCCCCCGGGGCCCGCUCGUCAAGCAUCGCCUUCUCCCUCCCGCCCAAGGCAGGAUCUGCCGGAGGCUGAGCCCGCGCAAAAUCUCCACGUGCACCGACCAUGAGCUCGAGAAUUACAGCAUGUACUGUGUCAACUGCAAGACCCCAGUCUGUUACCAGUGUCUGGAGGAAGGUAAACACUCCAGCCAUGAAGUGAAGGCACUCGGAGCCAUGUGGAAACUUCAUAAGAAUCAGCUCUCUCAAGCACUGAAUGGAUUGUCAGAGAAGGCAAAAGAUGCCAAAGAGUUCUUGUCAUUGCUAAGAAAUAUGGUGCAGCAAAUCCAGGAAAAUGGUGUUGAGUUUGAAGCUUGUCUUGUUGCCCAGUGUGAUGCCCUCAUUGAAGCUUUGAACAGAAGGAAGGGACAGUUGCUUUCACGGGUGACUAAAGAACAUGAACAUAAACUUAAGGUGGUCAGAGAUCAAAUCAGCCAUUGCACAGUUAAACUGCGCCAAACAACUGGCCUGAUGGAAUAUUGUUUGGAGGUAAUUAAGGAAAAUGACCCCAGUGGCUUUUUACAGAUAUCGGAUGCUUUAAUAAGGCGUGUACAUUUUAUUGAUGAACAGUGGGGAAAAGGAAUACUUCAACCUCGCAUGAAUACUGAUUUUGAUUUAACACUCGAUAAUGCAUCACUGCUACAAACUAUUCUUCAGUUGGACUUCGUACAAAUGAGAGCUCCCUCUCCAGUGCCAUCAGCCCCAAUUCUGCAGCUGGAGGAAUGCUGUACUCGCAAUAACAGUGCUACGUUGUCCUGGAAGCAGCCACCACUGUCAUUGGUUCAAGCAGAAGGUUACAUACUGGAACUAGAUGAUGGAAAUGGAGGCCAGUUUAGAGAGGUGUAUGUGGGAAAAGAAACCAUGUGCACUGUUGAUGGGCUACAUUUCAACAGCACUUACAGUUCCCGAGUGAAAGCUUUCAACAAGUCAGGAGUGGGCCCUUACAGCAAGACACUUGUCCUACAGACUUCAGAGGAUACCACCUGUCCAUACAAUCAGUACAGGGAAGGGAAGAAGGAGAAAAUUCCAAUAAAAAGCUAAGUCAGAGGAACCCCAGUCAGAGAAACAAAGUUAUGCUGCAGAAUCCUAACGGAAGUGCAAAUCUUGACCCAUUAAUUGAUGGGAAGAAGGUGGAUUUUAGGAGGUUAGUUCUGUUCUUCAGGUCGGAGCAUCUUCCUUAGAGGACUGCAGCCCACCACUUGUGACAACAGAUUAUAAUCAAGCUCAACACGUAUAUCACCGUCAGCAGUAGUGUGUAAAAAAGUACUUUAUGGCUAUACCACAAAGUGAAAGUAACAAGCAGAUCAAAAAUCAUGGUUCAUGCUGUUUGAAUGAACCCAAAUCAAGGAAGAGGUUUGCAAAAGCAUCUGGAUAAAAUGAAAAUGUGAUGAUCAGCUUUGAAGCAAAAUCAGAAAAAUGGCUUCCAUUUGUAUUUUUGUUACCGCCUUUUGCGGUCUGCAGGUUCUGGCUUUUGACUCCUAUUCUACAGCAUUUAGCAAAAAAAAAUCGAUGUUUAACUGGACACAAAAGUGUGGAGUGGUGACUCCACCGAUUACAUUCAGAAUGAGAAGGGUCAAGGCUGCUUUCCUGCUGAGGUCCAUAAGUGGUCACAUAAGGGCCUCACCCUGCCAUUGCCGGUAUGCACCUAUCUGCUGUCAUGUGACAAACCAACAGUUAUGCAUGUGGCCCGUGUGUUUUUUUUGCAAGGUGACCCUCUCCUACAUGGGUAUACUAUGCUUAAUACAAAUACCUUGCAGGCGAGGGCUGCACACUGGUGAAGAGACUCACCUGUUCUUAAUAUUAACAACUUUUUCCCAACCACAAACAGGGCUUCAUUGACUGACUGCAAUGAUCCUGCCAUAUUUCUUACAGCCCAGGCUUCCUGCAGUACCAGAACUAUACCAUUUCCAAUGGUCCUGCUAGUUUUACAGAGCUGGCAACCUUUCAGAAGUGUGAUAUCCACCCAGAAUAUGAGAACAGCAAAGCUAAUUGUUGAUGGCACCAUGACAGUUCAGGGGCAGGCGCCUUGAAAUGGAUGUUGUAGCGUUUUGUUGCUGCUUUUCCCACAUUAAAACUGACUGAAUUUCAAAAGUACUUCAUUGACAAUCAAGUAUUUAGGGACUUCAGUAGGGACCUCUUGAGACAUAAUAUAAAACGCAAGUGUUGGGCAAUGCAUUCAGAUUUUUAUUUGUGAGUCUUCCUCAGGCCUUCAAUGACAUGGGCACUUGAAUUACAGUGAUUCCCCAUACCUGAGGCAAAAGAGUAAGAGUCUAUCUAUGAAUUAACUGGCUGCUGGAUAUAGUCUAGCAAGUAACUGCUGGUAAAUAACUAAUUGUCUUCUGGAAUGAUUGGGUAAUUCCUUGUGGCUGGCUACAAGCCGUCUGAUUUAUAGCUUUCAUUGACUGGUGGCGUGUGAUGGCUGACUGCACUUUGGCUUGUGGCAGAUUGUUAGCUUCUGGUUAUUGGCUGACUGGUUUUGGCUAGCUGUGAGCUGACUGCAGAAUAGCAGUUUAACUGGUUGUCUUAGUCUGUAUGGCUUAGCUACUCACUGAAUAAGCUUGACCAUUGUAGGAGCAUGUUUUUUGUGUUCAUAUUAUAUGUAUGUAAAAAUGGAAUGUCCCAAAAAAGCUGAAAUUUUCAUAAUAAAGUAUGUUUUCUGGAGAAUCCUGCCCCAAGAGUCUGUAGAAAAAUAUAAAUUGCUUGUGCAUAUACAGUAUUAUGCUUUUGAAAUUUGGUGCACAACUGCCAAGUUCAAAUUCAAGGUGAUGAUGCACAUAUGAGAAACAGAUACGUGUUUCUCAGAGCUUGCCACCAUUUGGGAGUUUUCCUCAACUCAUGACUGAGUCCUGUGCAGAUUCUUUGAUUCAUCUGAUCAGCAGGAACCAUAUUAUUAUGCAGUAUGAUUACAGAAUAUGCAAAGUUUUCCAAAAGUAGAUCCAGUGGGGUACUGUCCUAUGGAUUUUCUCAUACGAUUAAAAAAGAAAAAAAAUUUACAACACCUGAAAUUACAAUCCAGAUCAAACGUCCCUCAGGUAUAUCAAGGAGAUAGCCUAGACCCUGAUGUUUAUUUUAUUUAAAGGCAAGUGUAAGGUGCAGCGUUCCAGAUGUAUUUCAAUUGGUAAUGCUACUUUUUGGCUUUAAGCAAAACACACUUUAUUCUUACCCUCAAGUUAAAAUACAAACAAAUGAAAGAAGAAUUGGAAUAAUUUAACUCUAUUGGAAAACUUAACAGAAUAAUAGAUUAUUUAUUUAAAAUUGACUAGGGAUAGUCAACAUGGUUUAGUUUGAGGAAAAUCAUAUCUCACAAACUUAAUUAUGUUUUUUGAAGAAGUUACCAAAAAGGUUGGUGAUAGCAGAGCAGUAGACAUUUUAUUUGGAUUUUAGUAAAGUCUUUGACCAGGUUCCGCAUGGUAGACUAAAUAGUAAGGUGACAUGGGAUUCAGGGUGAGCUUGCCAAUUGGAUACAUAAUUGGCUUAAUGGCAGGAGACAAAGAGUAAUGGUGGAGGUUCGUGUUUUGGACUGUAGGCCUGUCAAUGCUGUUCCACUGGGUCCUCUUUUGUUUGUAAUUUAUAUAAAUAAUUUUGGUUGAGAAUAUAGAAGCAUGAUUAGUAAGUUUGUGGAUGACACCAAAAUUGGUGGCAUUGUUUACAGUGAAAAAGGCUUCCUAAGAUUACACAGGGAUCUUGAUCCAAUGGAUCAGUGGGCUGAAAAAUGGUAGAUGGAGUUCAAUGUGGAUAAAUGCAAGCUAUUUCAUUUUGGUACAACAAACAAGGGUAGGGCUUACAUAAUUAAUGGUAAAGCCUUGGGUACUGUUGUAGUACAGAGGGAUCUAGGAGUGCAGGUGCAUAAUUCUUUAAAGUUUGAAUCACAUGUGGACAGGAUGGUUAAAAAAGGUGUUUUGCACACUUGCCUUCAUCACUUGAUCCUUUGAAUACAGGAGUUGGGAUGUUAUGUUGAGGUUGUGCAGGACAUUGGUGAGGCCUCUUCUGGAAUACUGUGUCCACUUCUGGUCGCCAAGUUAUGUCAAGGAUGUUAUCAAGCUGGGGAGGGUUCAGAAAAGAUUUAAAAGGAUGUUGCAGGAUAGGGAAGGUUUGAGUUAUACAGAAAGGCUGGGUGAGCUGAGACAUUUUUCACUUGAGCGUAGGAGGUUGAGUGUGACCUGAUAGAGGUUUAUAAUAUGGUGAGAGGUAUAGAUAGAGUUGAUUGUAGUUGUCUUUUCCCUAAGAUGGGGAAUUUCAAGACUAGGGGGCACAUUUUUAAAGUGAGAGGAGAGAAGUGCCAACCUCUGAGCCGCCAUGCCACCAAGGUGUAGAUAAGAUCAGGUAAGGCUGACAGUUUCCUUCCCCAAAGGAAAUUAAUGAAUCAGAUGGGUUUUUCCUGACAAUCGAUAAUGGUUUCUUGGUCAUCAUUAAAUUCUUGAUUUCAGAUUUUUUUAUUGAAUUCAAAUUCAAACAUAUGAUAUGGCACAAUUUGAACCCGGAUGCCCAAAAUAUUAUCAUAGUCUCUGAUUAAAAGCGCAACAAUCAAAUGCUAGUCCAUGCAAUCCCUCCCCAGUUAACUGCUUAAUGCACUCCUCCCUUGGGGAAGAGCUGCUAGCCCUACCUUAUCUGAUCUCAAGAGACAACACCGUGUGGAGCUAGGGGGACACAACAGGCCAGGCAGCAUCAGAGGAGCAGGAAAGUUGAUGUUUCAG